GGAGGCAGCAAUUUGUUGACCGCAGAUACACUGCAAACUAAAAGAAGGAGAAGAAGAAGGAGGAGGAGCAUCAUCAUUAACGGCUGCCGCUGAAUUGUUUGAAAUAACGCAAAAGAAGGUCGGCGCGUCUAUUGCCGCCGACAUACAACAUUAAUCUAACUCCAGGGAAAUGGAAAUCCUUGAUUUCUCAGAAGAUGAAAUUGAACGUCAGUUGGCAGUACUGGGCUACACCAAUAUCCCAAAACACAGACUACAUGAAUUCAAACGAGAUCUUGAUCAACUGAUUCAGCAUGAAAGAUCGAAGAGCCAUAGCUCAAGUGAUGUGAACUCUCCAAGAUCCCAAAGCAGAGCCAGUGGGAAUUCCUCGAACGGCCCGGCAGUUCUCAGAGAGAAGUUGCAGACUCAGAGACCAGAAUUAAACUUCAGGAUCAGUCUGCCGAAAACAUCACUGCGAGAAAGACCAGUGGUGCAUUCCAUAUAUGCUGCAGACAAUUUGAGUGAGAGACCAGGGCAGUGUGAUUCUUACCCAAGGUAUUCAGUUUCUGCCCAGUACCCCUGGACUUCAUCUGCUCUCCAAAGGCUGCGGGAAGAAAAUGACCAUAAAAACAUGAGCAGUUCUAUCUUGGAUACAAACAAGUCCUCAAAUCCCCACUCUGUGUUUGGGGUUGCUGAGAAGCCUUUCAUUAAACGGAAAGUUCUAAGGAAACUGAGCGGGCAGUUGCAUGUCUGUGAUGAAUCCAUGCAUAACGAAGACUCAGUGGACGGGCUGGAGGACCAGUUUGAAAGGCUGCAGGUAUCGGUGACUGCAUCCGAAUCAGAGAAUCUGGAUUCGGAGCCAGACAGUGAGGAGGUGGAUAGUUUAAGUGAAGCUCCAAAUGCUUUUCAGGCUUACAGUAAGGCAAUGUCCAGAUCCCGGAGUGAAAAUGACAUUCGAACAUAUCCAAAAUCCUUUAUUCGGCCGCAGAUGGCACACCCUCACACAAGAAACCUAAAGAAGACCGACCCAGUAGCAAAGUAUUUUCAGUAUAAACAGGACUGGGAGACUUUCCGAGCACCUGGAGAGAAGGAUAGAAAAGGACUUCGCUCAGACAUUCGGGAGCAAAUGAUGUACAAAACCAGGCCGUCUAUGAAACUGCAGAAAAUCUAUAUCCCAAACUCCUAUGUAGUGCCAACAGAGAAGAAACGGUCUGCCUUGAGAUGGGAAGUGCGUCAUGACCUGGCAAAUGGGAUCCCACCCCAAAGAAUCUUCUACCCAUUAUAGGGAAUGCAGCACCAGCCUUAGUUGUGUGCCUUGUACUCAUGGAUACAGAGAAUGCAAUAUUGGUGGAUGUUUUUAAGUGUGAUUUUAACAACAAUAAAUUAUAUUUAAGCAGAUUUUCAUUAGAAUCCAUGUAACCAUUGGUAAACUGACAGUUGGAUUGUCAGUUUUUACUCCACUGUCAUGAUUUCUUUCCUUCAAUGAAAGUCACUGUAGAGGAAUUUAAAAGGAUAGAGAGGAGUGAAUCUGCGAUCAUGCUGAAGAAGCUUCUUUUCCAGAAUAUUCACAGCUUCCAGGGUGUAAUUGCCAGCGUUUCAUUGUUCAGCAUGCAGCACAAAAUCACAAACUUUUUGGCUACCAAAUCUCAGUUCCACAAAAUUAUAUUACAGGAUGUAAUUAAGAAGAUUAAUUCUCUAGAAGAGAUUCGAAAUUGGCUAGCUAUACUUUUGCCCUCAACAGCACCCUGGGGUAGACGGACGUGUCAAAAGGGUGAUCUCACAUUGAUGAGCAAACACACAGGUGCAAGUUUACAAUUAGAAAUUUAUUUUAAUAAACUGAGCAGCCUCAUCUACUGAAAAGGCAGCUCUGGCACCCUGCAGAUAUGGGGGUGCAUUUUUUUUUGUUUUUUGUUUCCUCCCCCUCUUUGUUUCGCUCACUCUCAGUUUAGAGGGUAGAACGGAGUUGGCUUCAAUCGUAAAAUCAAGCCCCCAGAGUGGAACCCUCCAGAAUCCGCCUGACAGGGGCUCAAAUGGGGUAGGCAGAAAUCAAGUAGAUAAAUCCCCAUCAUGGCACGCAGGUGACACAUGGUGGUCGUGCUCCCUGGGCACUUUGUAGAAAUCUGCUUGUGGGGUCGUGCACCUCCACUAGCCUGGGUAUCGACCUUCAUGUGCCGGGUCGAAAUGGCAGCUACCUACCUUCAUUUUUCGGGGAUCUAAAAUUAGCGUGUAAGGGUAAUUUUCUGAAUUGAUUCUUAAUUGACAAUGUGUGUUAACAUAAAGACAGUCACAUGAUUACAAAUAACCUUUCAGUGAUAAUCCUUAUUACUAUUAGACCACUUUCUGAAUUAACUGCUUACUAUGAGUCUUUCUCUGUCUCUCUCCAGCAGACAGACAGCCUUUGACCUUAAUGUCUCUGCUUCUCAGCUAGCACAUUCUGGUCUUACAGCAAGGUCAACAAGGGGUACAAGACAAAAUACUGAUAAAUGUUCGUGGCCAGCUUCAUGUCUUUUUAUUUUGGUAAAGCCCCCCCUUCUGGAAAAGUGUAUAAGAGUCUUACUGUGUCUGAUGCAAAUCAGAAAGCCGGUAAGCUUUCUCACUUUGUCAUUUCUUUGCAAAUAAAUCCGAAAGUUAAACUGAAGAA